AUGGCCCCACAAGCAAUUUACUAUGCGGUUUAUAAAGGUCGUGUUGACAAGCCUGCUAUAUAUUGUUCUUGGAGCCAAGCGCAUCCAAGAGUGAUAGGAUGCAAAGGCGCUGAGCAUGACAAGUUGACACUCGAGGACGCCUGCAAUGAAAUGUUCCAAAGAGGAAUCAAAGAUUUUGAUAUGCCCAUCAAAAAUUCCGUCAAACGAGAUACCAUACCAUUGAAUAAGGGCAAACAUUGGGCUGUAGCUGGUGGCAGGGCUACUGGCGUUUUCACCGACUGGAAGAGUGCAGAAAAAGCCAUCACAGGGACAAAUGCCUGCCAUGGGGCUUUUAGCUCCCAGGAAGAAGCAGAAGAUUUUAUUGCAAGUUGGAAAGAUGCCUUCGCUGACGUAUCGCGACUGGCCAUCAGACAAGCAUUAGAGAAUGGAUGGGUGCCUCGUAAUAUGAAGUUUAAUGUUGAGUCCUUUUUAAUUAGGGACAAUGAGAAUAUGAUGGGCGAAAACGACAAAGAGAUGAAGAUGCGUGGGAUUGAAAAAGAGGAAUACCUUGACCUUCUGAACGUUGAAAAGUUGACUAUCAAAGAAGAACAGUAG